AUGCCUGUCAGCACCACGCUGGUGGCCAGUCCUGAGGCUAGCACCCUUUUAACAACUCCUGUUGACUCUAACACUCCUAUGGUCACUUCUAAUGAAGUCAGUUCAUCUCCUACACCUGCUGAAGGUACCAGCAUGCCAACGUCAACUUAUAGUGAAGGAAGAACUCCUUUAACAAGUAUAACUGUCAGAACCACACCGGUGGCCAGUUCUGCAAUCAGCACCCUUUCAACAACUCCUGUUGACAACAGCACACCUGUGACCACUUCUACUGAAGCCCGAUCAUCUCCUACAACUUCUGAAGGUACCAGCAUGCCAAACUCAACUCCUAGUGAAGGAAGCACUCCAUUAACAAGUAUACCUGUCAGCAGCACGCCGGUAGUCAGUUCUGAGGCUAGCACCCUUUCAGCAACUCCUGUUGACUCUAACAGUCCUGUGGUCACUUCUACUGCAAUCAGUUCAUCUCCUACACCUGCUGAAGGUACCAGCAUACCAACCUCAACUCCUAGGGAAGGAAGGCCUCCAUUAACAAGUAUACCGGUCAGCACCACAACAGUGGCCAGUUCUGAAAUCAACACCCUUUCAACAACUCUUGCUGACACCAGGACACCUGUGACCACUUAUUCUCAAGCCAGUUCAUCUCCUACAACUGCUGACGGUACCAGCAUGCCAACCCCAACUUAUAGUGAAGGAAGCACUCCACUAACAAGUAUGCCUCUCAGCACCACGCUGGUGGUCAGUUCUGAGGCUAGCACCCUUUCCACAACUCCUGUUGACACCAGCACUCCUGCCACCACUUCUACUGAAGGCAGUUCAUCUCCUACAACUGCAGAAGGUACCAGCAUACAAACCUCAACUCUUAGUGAACGAACCACUCCAUUAGCAGGUAUACCUGUCAGCACCACGCUUGUGGUCAGUUCUGAGGGUAACACCCCUUCAACAAUUCCUGUUGACUCCAAAACUCAGGUGACCAAUUAUACUGAAGCCAGUUCACCUGCAACUGCUGAAGGUAGCAGCAUGCCAAUCUCAACUCCUAGUGAAGGAAGUCGUCUAUUAACAAGUAUACCUGUCAGCACCAUGCCGGUGGCCAGUCCUGAGGCUAGCACCCUUUCCACAACUCCUGUUGACUCCAACAGUACUGUGAUCACUUCUACUGAAGUCAGUUCAUCUCCUAUACCUACUGAAGGUACCAGCAUAUCAACCUCAACUCCUAGUGAAGGAAGCACUCCAUUCACAAGUAUGCCUGUCAGCACCAAGCCGGUAGUUACUUCUGAGGCUAGCACCCUUUCAGCAACUCCUGUUGACAUCAGCACACCUGUGACCACUUCUACUGAAGCCACUUCAUCUCCUACAACUGCGGAAGGUACCAGCAUACCAACCUCGACUCUUAGUGAAGGAACGACUCCAUUAACAAGUAUACCUGUCAGCCACACGCUGGUGGCCAAUUCUGAGGUUAGCACCCUUUCAACAACUCUUGUUGACUCCAACACUCCUUUGACGACUUCUACUGAAGCCAGUUCACCACCUCCCACUGCUGAAGGUACCAGCAUGCCAACCUCAACUUCUAGUGAAGGAAGCACUCCAUCAACACGUAUGCCUGUCAGCACCACAAUGGUGGCCAGUUUUGAAACGAGCACACUUUCAACAACUCCUGCUGACAGCAGCACACCUGACACCUGUCACCACUUCUACUGA